CUAUAAAAUCCCCCACCUCUUCAACUCUCCCAUCUUUUUUAAUCCAGUCUUAGCUAUGGCUUAUCGCCCCUUAGAGCUCAACAUAAUCUCCGCUAAACACCUUAAAGAUGUCAAUCUCAUCUCCAAGAUGGACUUGUACGUCGUCGCUUCACUCGUCGGCGAUUACUCGAAGAAGAAACAGAAGGCCAAGUCCCGUGUGGAUCACGACUGUGGCCCAAAUCCCACCUGGAACUUCCCCGUGAAGUUCACCAUCGACGAGUCAUUGGCCCAACAGAACCGCCUUAGCCUCGAUUUGAAGAUCAGGUGCGACGGUAUCCUCGGUGAUAAAGAUGUUGGUGAAGUCAACGUCCGGGUCAAAGAGCUCUUGGACGCGCCUGGAGAUCUCAAAAAUUUCAAGUCUCAGACUUAUCAAGUCAUGACUCCCUCUGGAAAACCCAAGGGUGAGUUAACUUUUUCGUACAAGUUCGGUGAUAUAAUCCCGGCACCCGCAGCCGGAGCCGCCGCCGCCAUGCCCAUGAAUGCUGGUGGGGUGUAUGGGUCUUAUGGUAAUGGUAAAGUUAAAGCUGAUGAGCCUGUUAUGGCAUAUCCGGCGGCGGUGGGGUCCAGUUCCACACCGUACGGUGUACAUGCACAUGCGCCGUACCCGCCGCCACCUCAACAAGGAUACGUGUACCCACCACCGCCUGCUAAAGCGACAGCAAACGGAACUGGUGGGUAUCCACCGCCUCCUCCUCCUCAGGGUUAUGGGUAUCCACCGCCUCCUCCUCAGGGUUAUGGUUAUCCGCCGCCACCUCCUCCGGCUUAUGGGUAUCCGGGUCAGCCCGGAUACGGGUAUCCGCCAGUGCAACAACCGCCUAAGAAGAACAAACUUGGAGCGGGAGCGGGAUUGGGAGCUGGGUUGAUUGGAGGAAUGCUUGGUGGUCUUUUGCUUGGAGAUAUUGUUUCCGAUGCAGCAGACGGUUUCGAUGGCGGUUUUGAUUUUUGAUUUUAUUUAGUAAUUUAGCUGUUAAAGUUGGAACUUUUUUUUUUUUUCUAUUUUUUUUGGUUGUUUUUAAAAGGUUGUUUGGAUGGUGUGGUUGGGAAUGGAAUAAAUUACUACUAUCACGAUCAUGUAUAUACCCAUAGAAGAAUAUGAAUAUUUCUUUUGCA